AUGGUGCGUCACUACCCCGUCUGCUCAACAUCCUACCCACACCACACAUUCCAGGCAUGCGCUGACCACAACCACAAUCCAGCCUCACGCCGACUCCUCCUACUUCUCAACCUCCCAAGAGCCCACCAAGGCAGAGGUAUACGCACAAGUCCUCCAACAAGCCAAAGGCCUAGUGACAGGCCAGCGCAAUUGGACAGCAACUUCUCCAACGUCGCCUCCCUCCUCUGGCACGCCUACGCCGCCCUCCCGUCCCCCUCCUCCUCCGUAAACUGGGCAGGCUUCUACAUCCGCCAGGAUAAAUUCCCCGCGCUCGGCUCGUCCCAGAACACACCAAGCAGCAACACCAAUGUCCUGCUGCUGGGCCCAUUCCAGGGCCGCCCCGCCUGCCAGGAGAUCCGUUUCGGGCGCGGCGUGUGCGGUACCGCGGCGGAGAAGCGCGAGACGGUGAUUGUGCCGGACGUGUUGAGUUUCCCGGGCCAUAUUGCCUGCGACGCGAGUAGUCGGAGUGAGAUUGUGGUGCCGAUUUUGGCUGGUGGGGAGACGGUUGCGAUCAUCGAUAUUGAUUGUACGGAGCCGGCUGGGUUCGAUGAGGAGGAUAAGAAGUGGCUCGAGGAGCUUGCUUCGCUCUUGUCUGAGAGUUGUGAUUGGUAA